CUGAGUCUCUUGGCUUCAAUAGCAUUCCUUCUGCUCUGGCUUCAUCACUUUUGCUUUAUCUUUUUCUAAGUCUUUGUUUCUUUAGCAUCUCUGUAGAAAUGGCAUCUGCAGGCAAGAAAACCAAGGGAAAGCAAAAGAUCGAGAUCAGGAAGAUUGAGAAUGAGGAGGACAGGCUGAUUACCUUCUCGAAACGUAGAUCUGGUAUCAUCAAGAAGUCCAGUGAGCUGGUUACCCUUUGUGGUACUGAAAUCUGUUUCGUAGUAUUUUCUCCCUCAGGUAAGGCAUUCUCCUUCGGACAUCCCUCUGUGGAUUUGGUUUUGAAUCGGUUCCUGGCCCCUCAAAACCAACCCCACGAUGAUAAUUCAAAUCUGUUUGUGGAGGCAAACAGGAAAAUGAAGAUUGAUGAGUUAAACAAGCAGUAUAAUGACCUAGUGAUACAUUUGGAGGAAGUGAUUGAGAAGGGACAAGUGUUGGACCAGCGAAACUUUGGGUUGAAAGGAAGAGGCUGGUGGGAAAGGCCGACAGAACAGCUGAAUCUUGAGGAGCUACGGCAGAUGGUAGGCAAGCUGAAUGAGUUACGCAACCAUUCAAUCAGCAAGCUGAGAGAGAAGUUGGCUGCUUCUGCCGCUGCUGCAGCUGAUGCUCCUCAUCCGUUGAUGAUGAUGCCUACUCCUGGGUUGGCCCCUGCCAUGAUGAAUCCAUCUUAUCAAAUGAUGAAUGACCCAUAUUAUGGAACCAAUAUUGGAGAUGAUAUGAUUCUGGGUGCCGGCACCUCUUCCUUUGUUCCAGGGUCUAGUUAUGGCGUUCCUAACCCGACGUUGAUGAAUCCUACUCAUCAUCAAAUGUUGAGUAAUCCAUAUGAAACUACUAUUGGACGGGCUGUUCAGGGUGCUGGUCCCUCUACCUUUGUUCCAGGCCCUAGCUAUGGAAUUCCUCCGGCACCGGGGAUGAUGAAUCCUGCGCUUCAAAUGAUGAACAAUCCUUACGGUGCCAAUAUUGGAAAUCAGGGCGCUGGUCCCUCUUCCUCUGCUCCCAGGCCAAGCUAUGGCAUCCCUCCCCCGGAAAGUUCUGAAUGAUUUGGUCUAGCUCCAUCUGAGAGUUAUGGUUGGACAAAUAAAGCGCAAUUGAAGUUGCCGAUCCAAAUAAUAAUAAUAAUGAAUUAAUAAAACAAUUGAACUUUCCUAUUUUCAUGAUGAUCUUUGUGUUGCUUUGUGUUGCUUGGAAUGAAAUUUCUAUCAAUGAAAUUUAUCUUUGAAUCAAUUCUUUUAUCUUUA